AUGAGAUAAUACCCAUAAUUGUAACAAAAACCUCUCAAACACAAGCCUUUACCUCACAAAACCCAGAAACCUUAAAGCAAAGAAAACAUAGAUAAUAAAUUUAAAAGAAUGUAAAUUUCUAACCAUGAGAAAGAAGAUAUCCUCAACUUUGAUAUUUUUACUCUAUUUCUCAGAGGUUUCUCUCAAAUAAGUUUCUUUUCUGAUAAUAAAGAUAUUUGGAAACAAAUAGAAAACAACUUUUAGAAUUUUGUUGAAUAGUAUAGCAAAAAAGAAUCAGUUAAUUGCUUAACCAAAACCAAUAAAAAGUGGAAAAACUAGUCUGAAAACGAAUAAAUCAAGCUUAACUGCUUAUUAGAGUUGUGUGAAUAUAAGAGCUAAUUUUAGGUAACUCAGGAAAUAGCUCCUCUGGAGAGAAAGAUUUCUAAAGAUCGUAAAACAUUUAAUGUAUCACAGGUUUGUUUCCUUAGCCAAAUGUAAGAGUAUUUUGCUUCAGAAGAAUAGUUUUCAAAAUGCAACACUUUUAUGUUUAAAUGCAUAGAAAAUUCAAGUCAGUUAGAAUUCUCAGCUUACUUUGCUACUUUUUACAUGUACAUACUAAAUGAUCCUUACUACUUACUAAUGAGGACUCUUACAAAUAAAAUAUAUUGA